AUGCAAAUGAGGAAACCUGAUAUGAUCAUGGCAAAAGAACACAACAACCUUAACAAGAACAAACUAAGGAAAGGUCUAUGGUCACCUGAGGAAGAUGAGAAGUUGAUAAGGUACAUGAUAACUAAAGGACAAGGCUGUUGGAGCGACAUUGCUAGAAAUGCCGGUCUUCAAAGAUGCGGCAAAAGCUGUCGUCUUCGUUGGAUUAAUUACUUGAGACCCGAUCUUAAACGCGGCGCCUUUUCCCCGCAAGAAGAAGAACUCAUCAUUCAUUUCCACUCCAUCCUUGGCAACAGAUGGUCUCAGAUCGCGGCGCGUCUCCCUGGUCGUACCGACAAUGAAAUAAAGAAUUUUUGGAAUUCUACAUUGAAGAAGAGAUUGAAAAACAGUAGUACUCCAUCUCCAAACAAUAGUGAUAUAUCGGAACAACCAAUGGAUAGUGUUUUUGAUGUGAAAAAUGAUAUGAUGAUGCCGAUAAACGAGCAAGAACUCAUGACAUUGUGCAUGGAUUCAUCAUCGUCAACUUCAUCAUCGUCCAUGCAAUCCAUGCAGAUGCAUGCCAUGGGUUUAGCUGAACAAUUUGAUCCGUUUUCAUUGUUGUCGAGUAAUCGUUAUGACAUGACGACGAGUUUUCAUGCUCAUGCUCAUGACAUGCCAGCAUGCUUAACACAAGUUGGUAACAUGGUUGAUGAUUAUGGGAUUUUGGAGGAUAAUAAAAUGGGGUUAUUAGAAAAUGAUUUUGAGCUUCCUCCACUAGAAAGUAGAAUUAGCAUUGAAGACAAGAGUGUCCCAAUUGAUGAUGAUCUUAGUAUGAAAAGCCAUAUCAACCACUUCAAUAAUAGUUGCUUCAAUAACACUAAUCACAUUCAAAACUCUAAUGUGGAGGACUUGUUUGGAUUUGGAAAUCAUGGCCAAGGAGAAAACUUAAGAAUGGGAGAAUGGGAUUUGGAGGGUUUAAUGCAAGACACAUCCUAUUUUCCUCCUCUUGAUUUUCAAGUUUAA